AUGGCUAAAAUUGUUGAUUCAUGUUGUGUGCCAUCAUCAAUGGCAGUACAAUUGACAAAACCUGAUAAAAAUAAUAAUACAACGGCUAAUAUUGAUGAUGGUAUUAUUUUACCGUCUGAACAUUGUGAUGUUAUUGAGGAUGGAACGGAUGAGAAAUCUGAAAGCAUUGGUGAUAGCGACGAUCGUCGUCAUUCAUCAGGUGGUGAUGAAGAUGGGCAUAUUAAUAAUAAUAAUAAUAAUAAUAAUAUUACGGUUACAACGGAGACUAUAACUGUUGCUUCACCAUCAUCGUCAUCAAAUGAUGAAAUUGAUAUAUCAAUAAAUAAUGGAUCAAGUGUUAAUAAUACAAAUACAUCUAAUAAUAAUAAUGUUAGUACAACUGUUCCAUAUAAAGAUUUUUCAGGUGUUGAUACAGAAUCAUUUAUUACAACAACAUUACGUAAUAAUCCAAAAGAUCGAGCAUUACUUUUAACACUUGAAACACUUUUUCAACAAUUUAUUCAAGCUGAUGAACAAAAAUCCCAUCAAUUUCAAGCAAUGAAUUCAUAUGAACGAAUGAUUGUUCAUCGUGUUGCAGCAUUUUUUGGUCUUGAUCAUAAUGUGGAUAAAAAUGGUCAAGCUGUUGUUGUUACUAAAACACCGAAUACUCGAAUCCCUAAUUUUUCAUUUCAAAAAUGCAUUCCAGAAGAUGAAUCAACCGAUAUAAUAAGUGGUGCUUCAACAACAGAAAAUUCAAUAUCAUUAACAAAUUCAACUGAAAUUCCAACACGUCGUAUUUUACGUCGACAUGAUAAACAUCCUAAUCAUGAACAUUCUCAACGAAAUGGUCAUAAUGAUGAAUAUGCAAAUCAACAGAUAUCUUCAGCAACAAAAAAUCAACCAUUAAUAAAACCAUAUUUAGAACGUGUAAAUAAUUAUGCUGAAACACGUGCUAGAAUAUUUAAUGAAACAACAGAUUUUUCAAAUACAUCGAUAACAAAUAAAAAUGCAAAAACAAAUCAAAAACAACAUUCUAAUUUUAUUCGACCAUCUUAUCGAAAACAACAACAACAUCAGAACAGUUCACAACAACAUCGUUCUUAUACAUAUCAACAUUUACAACAAACAACUAAUACCCAUAUGCAACAGUAUCCAACUGGAAAAACAAUUGAUCCAUCUAGUCAUAUGCUUAAUACUUCAACAACUAGAACUCCAUCUAUUUAUCCAACCCAACAACCACCAUCAGCAAAUCUCAGUAUCCCUCAACCGCCGCCAAUUUAUGGUUCCAUGGUAGGAUCGAACCCUAGUACAACACCAUUACGUCCACAAGCUACUACUUCUUUUUAUACUCAACCACAACAGCCACCUGUUGAUUAUGAUUAUAAACAACAAGCAAGCGGAGCACAUAUUUAUAAUUAUGUACCAAUGAUAUCUUCAGCAACAUCUACUUUUAUUCAUCCACAACAACAACAAACACAACAAUUACAUCCUCAACCACCAACAGCAACAGGAGCAACAGCGGCUCCAAAUCAAGUGCCAUCUCAACAUGGUGGCGGUAUUCCAUUGCCUAUAUUAGUUCAUCAACAACCAACCGGACAAAUACAAUAUCUAUUUCCUGCUCAUCCUUUACAACAACAACCACAACCUCCACCUCCGACAAAUCCUUAUUCAUUAACACCUGAUGGACAAUAUGUUCAGCUUUAUCGACCAGAUGCUUUAUCUAUACCGGGCCCACCAACAGUACCACAACCAUCAGUUGUUGACACUAAUCAUACUCAUCAUCAUCCAUAUUCUCAAAAUCAACCUUGCCAUCAUCAUGCAAUCUCUCAACAACAACAACCCCAACCACAAGUCCCACCGUCACAGUCAAAUCUUGCUCCGCAACCACCACCUUUUGUUCGAAUAUUUCCAACAGGUACACCAGGUAACAUUUCACAUCCAUUUGCCCCAGCAACUUAUCAACCGUCUCCCCCAUCACAAACAACAUUUGUUCAACCAGGUACUAUUCCUGCACCAUCUUUUAUGAUGCCUCCUCCUCAAACUGUAGGUAAUGUUCACACUUAUCCAACAUUCGAUAAUAAUGUACCAUAUAAUACUUAUGGUCCAACAACAACAGCAGCAACAACAGGAAAACCUAAUAUGAAUAAUAAUGGAACAUCAGUACAAUAUGUAACAAAUCAAUUAUCAACAUUAAAUUUACAAAGCCAACAUGAUGAUUAUCAAACACGUAUAAUAAAUAAUCAACAAACACGUUUUACUCAUUCAAAUGGUUCAACAACAAAUCAACAACGAAAUUUUAUGGGACGACCAUUGGUACAAUCACCAAAUGGUUCAACAACAACACCUCGUAUGGCUAUGUAUUCGACAUCAAAUCAACAAUAUCGUCAAACCCGUCCAUUAAAUAUAUCAAAUACUGAUAAACAAAUAGCAACAAUCGAGAAUGAUCCGAAAUCUUUAGCAUUAACACAACAACAAAAUAAUUGCGAUAAUAUUUCGCUGGCGGGUCCAGCACAAGAGUGA